AUGAGCACGGUACUGGUGACGGGUGGAUCCGGCUAUGUCGGCAUCCAUGUGAUUGUGCGGCUGCUUCAAGAAGGCCACAAGGUGCGCACGACCGUGCGCAAGCUUUCGCGAGCAGACGACGUGCGCGCGAUGCUGAAAGAGGCCAAGGUCGAGCCUGGGGACGCAUUGACCUUUUUCGAGGCCGAACUGAUGUCUGACCAAGGCUGGAAAGAGGCGGUAGAGGGCUGCGACUAUGUGAUGCAUGUGGCCUCGCCGUUCCCCCUGACGCAGCCCAAGGACGAGAACGAGCUGAUUGUGCCUGCGCGCGAAGGCGCGCUCCGUGUGCUCCGUAUGGCGCGCGACGCCCACGUCAAGCGCGUCGUCCUCACGUCGUCGUUUGCCGCGGUGGGCUACGGGCAACCUGUCAAGGACAUGCCGUUUACGGAAGAGGACUGGACCAAUACCGAGGCGCCUGGCGUCAAGCCGUACGUCAAGUCGAAGACCAUUGCCGAGCGUGCGGCUUGGGACUUUAUCGAGAAAGAGGGCGGAGCGAUGGAGCUUACUGUGCUCAACCCCGUCGGCAUAUUUGGGCCGGUGCUGGGCUCGACCAUUUCGACCUCGAUCGAGCCCGUGAAGCUCAUGAUCAACGGCAUGCCUGCUGUGCCUCACAUUACGUUUGGCGUGGUCGACGUACGCGAUCUCGCUGACCUGCAUGUGCGUGCCAUGACCUCGCCUGCUGCCAAAGGCGAGCGCUUCAUUGCAGUCGGCGACAAUGGCGUGUCGAUGAUCGACGGUGCGAACGAGCUUCGCAAGCACCUGGGCGACAAAGGCCAGCGUUUGCCGCACUACGAGAUCCCCGACUGGAUCGUGCGUUUGCUCGGCUACGUCAGCGGACCGGCGGCGUCCGCUGCCCAGCACCUCGGGCCUGUGCGCGCGGCGAGCUCGGCCAAGGCCGAGCGCCUCUUGGGCUGGAAGUCGCGCGGAUACAAAGAGUCAAUUGACGACACGGCGGACAGCCUCUUCAAGUACGGUGUUGUGAAUGUGUAG